AUCGAGGCCUGGGCCGUGCGGAGGAUCCCGGUGCCAGGCGGUGCCCACCAUGGAGACCCCGGCCCAGCGUCGGGCCGCCCCCCGGGGGGCCUCGGGCGGCCCCGGCUCCGGCACCCCGCUGUCCCCCAACCGCAUCACCCGGCUGCAGGAGAAGGAGGACCUGCAGGAGCUCAACGACCGGCUGGCCGUCUACAUCGACCGGGUGCGCUCGCUGGAGUCGGAGAACGCGGGGCUGCGGCUCCGCAUCACCGAGUCGGAGGAGGUGGUCUCCCGGGAGGUGUCCGGCCUCAAGGCCGCCUACGAGGCCGAGCUGGGCGACGCCCGCAAGACCCUCGACUCGGUGGCCAAGGAGCGCGCCCGCCUCCAGCUGGAGCUCAGCAAGGUCCGCGAGGAGUUCAAGGAGCUCAAGGCGCGCAAUGCCAAGAAGGAGGGGGACCUGCUGGCCGCCCAGGCCCGGCUCAAGGACCUGGAGGCCCUGCUCAACUCCAAGGAGGCGGCGCUCAGCACGGCCCUGAGCGAGAAGCGCACGCUGGACGGGGAGCUGCACGAGCUGCGGGGGCAGUUGGCCAAGCUGGAGGCGGCUCUCGGGGAGGCCAAGAAGCAGCUGCAGGACGAGAUGCUGCGCCGGGUGGACGCCGAGAACCGGCUGCAGACGCUCAAGGAGGAGCUCGAUUUCCAGAAGAACAUCUACAGCGAGGAGCUGCGGGAGACGAAGCGGCGGCACGAGACUCGGCUGGUGGAGAUCGACAGCGGGAAGCAGCGCGAGUUUGAGAACAAGCUGGCGGACGCCCUGCAGGACCUGCGGGCCCAACACGAGGACCAGGUGGACCAAUACAAGAAGGACCUGGAGAAGACCUACUCCGCCAAGCUGGACAAUGCCCGCCAGUCGGCCGAGAGAAACAGCAACCUGGCGGGAGCGGCCCACGAGGAGCUGCAGCAGACGCGCAUCCGCAUCGACAGCCUGUCCGCCCAGCUCAGCCAGCUGCAGAAGCAGCUGGCGGCCCGGGAGGCGAAGCUGCGGGACCUGGAGGACGCCCUGGCCCGGGAGCGGGACACCAGCCGGCGGCUGCUUUCGGAGAAGGAGCGGGAGAUGGCGGAAAUGCGGGCGCGCAUGCAGCAGCAGCUGGACGAGUACCAGGAGCUGCUGGACAUCAAGCUGGCGCUGGACAUGGAGAUCCACGCCUACCGCAAACUGCUGGAGGGCGAGGAGGAGAGGCUGCGUCUGUCCCCCAGCCCCAACGCCCAGCGCAGCCGGGGCCGGGCCGCGUCGCACGGCAGCGGCGGCGGGGCCGGUGGUGGUGGCGGCGGUGGCGGCGGCAGUGUGACCAAGAAGCGGAAACUGGAGGCCAGCGAGAGCCGCAGCAACUUCUCCCAGCACGCUCGCACCAGCGGCCGCGUGGCCGUCGAGGAGGUGGACGAGGACGGAAAGUUCGUGCGGCUGCGGAACAAGUCCAGCGAGGACCAGGCCCUGGGUAACUGGCAGAUCAAGCGUCAGAACGGAGACGACCCGCUGCUCACCUACCGCUUCCCCCCCAAGUUCACCCUCAAGGCCGGGCAGGUGGUGACGAUCUGGGCAUCGGGCGCCGGGGCCACGCACAGCCCCCCGACUGACAUGGUGUGGAAGGCGCAGACCUCGUGGGGCUGCGGGAACAGCCUGCGCACGGCCCUCAUCAAUUCCACGGGAGAGGAGGUGGCCAUGAGGAAGCUGGUCCGCUCGGUGGUUCUGGCCAACGACGAGGACGAGGACGAGGAGGACGGGGACGCCGUGUUACACCACCACCACCACCACCACCACGGCGCCCACUGCUCCGGGGACCCGGCCGAGUACAACCUGCGGUCCCGCACGGUGCUGUGCGGGACGUGCGGUCAGCCGGCGGACAAGGCGGCGGGGGCGGGGGCCGGGGCGCAGGCGGCGGGCGGCUCCGUGUCGUCCGGCUCCUCGGCCUCCAGCGUCACCAUCACCCGAAGCUUCCGGAGCGUCGGGGGCAGCGGGGGCGGCGGCUUCGGGGACUCACUGGUCACCCGUUCCUACGUCCUGGGCAACGGUGCCCCCCGCACCCAGACGCCGCAGAACUGCAGCAUCAUGUGAGAGCAGUCGGUGGAGGGAAGGGGGGCCUGGCAGCCGCCCCCCCCCACGCCCCCACC